ACUUUACUGAGCCUAUCAAACUGCUCAUUGCGCAUGCGUGUCAAAAUUGUGCCAGUUGGUGUCGGCUGCCGUUGAGAUGAGCUGCAGUACAGUGUUCUAAGAAGGGUGAAAAUCCAUCAUUCGGCAGAUAUCAGCAAUGAUCCCCGCGUGUCGCCUGUUGCUGCUGCUACUGUCGCUGGCUGCGGUCGCCACUGAUGGAUACCGAGUGCUGAUGCUGGCUCCCAUCGGAGGAAAAUCACAGAAGAACGUGUUCUCCGGCCUCGGCUCAGCGCUGGCCGAGCGAGGUCACGAGGUGGUCUUCUUCAACAGCGUCAACACGUCGUCACCGGUCAAAGGAAUACACGAAGUGGUGCCGGACGCGCUGGCAGCAAUGGCCGCAGAUGACAGCUACCCGAACCUGUUCGAGAUGAAUGAGAAGGGAAUUCAGGUGGGAUGGAAGCAGAUCAAAUCGAUCAUGCUGGACGGCCCCCGCGCGGCUGUAGCGAGCAAGGAGUUGGAUGAACUUCUCCAGCAGAAAUUUGAUCUUGUCGUCUUUGGCACGUAUGCAUAUGCAGUUUACUUUGUCCCGUUUGUCCUGAAAACGCCAUAUAUAUUCCUGGCUUCAAUUCCAUACAUUCCAAUGCAUAGUACUUCUUUGGGUAAUCCUAUGCUUCCUGCCUUACAUCCCAAUCUGUUUACAGUGAAAUCGUCGGAUCACAUGACCUUUCUGGAACGAACAAAGAAUGUCAUUGACCAUAUGAUGACAGACACUUUUCGACGACCGUACAGCUGGUUCUGCGACAGUCUCGUGGCAGCAAAAUUUGGUGAGGGAGUGAUACCUCCAGCUCUUGAGAUCGAGAGAAACAUGAGCUUAAUAUUGCUUAAUAGCAAUCCGGCGAUGAAUUAUCCCAAACCCCUUCUUCCUAAUACCAUCGAGGUGGGAGGCAUGCACUGCACGGAGGGCCAGCCACUGCCGAAGGAUCUGACUGAAUUUAUCGGUGACUUAGAGUUCGUCUACUUCAGCAUGGGCUCGGUGGCCAGGCCGCAGGACAUCACCCGCGCUCAGAAGUCUGAGAUCCUCACCGCUCUCGGCUCGCUGCCCUACAAGGUUCUUCUCAAGUGGGACACCACAGACCGCUCUGGGAUUCCUUCGAACAUCCUGCCCUCCAAGUGGCUGCCUCAGCAGGACCUCCUGGCCAGUGAAAAAUGCCGACUCUUCAUUUCACACGGCGGCUACGCUAGUCUGGUGGAAUCCGUCUGCCACGGCGUGCCCAUGGUCAUGCUGCCCGUCUCCAUCGACCAGCACGCUAAUGCCGCUCAGGCCGCCCAGCUGGGUAUCGCCGAGAUCCUGCCCUGGGACAGGCUGACCUCCGAGGAUCUGAAGACGGCCGUGGACGCUGCUCUAUCCCCGGAGCAUCUCUCGGCCUCCCGCUACCGCCAGCAGCUCCUCAACUCACAGCCAGUGCCGCCCCGUGACCUCGCCGUCCACUGGGUGGAGCACGUCAUGCGCCACGGCGGCGCGCCGCACCUCCGCUCGGUUGGCGCCGAGCUCAACUUCUUCCAGUAUUACUCACUGGACGUGCUGGCCUUCCUGCUGGCCGUACUGCUGCUGGCGCUGAAGCUGGUGGUGUGUGCGGUGAGAGGUUGUUGGCGAUGUGUGUGUGGGAGGAGGGCUGUCGCUGAGUCGGAGGCUCAGAUGAAGCGAGCUAAGCAGGAGUGACAUGUUUCAUACUUAUGUAGCUUAUGAACUUUAAGCCAGUUUCGAUGUGUAGAUUGUAAAAAGACUAACAAGUUUUUGCAAUAAACAUGUUUGUGAAAAGAUGUUGCAAUGUGACAGUGU